AUGCGUGCAACCGCUCUCUUCCUUUCCUUCAUUCUUCCGCUCGUUAUCCCAGUCUCGGCGAAUACUUUUAAUGCUCCGGAUGUCAUUCCUUCCUUAUGGCAACUUCUCUCAAUACCACCUCUCCCUAACACACCAAUCGAGUUCACGCUCGUGCUCGCUCCUUCCAAUCGAGAUGGAUUGCAAUCACGCAUGAAGGACAUUGCUCUCGCUCCUCUUGGAUCUCCCGGGAGGCGGUGGUUGACUCAACAGGAUGUCGCUGGUUAUGUUGGCGCGACGCCGCAGGUGAGGAGCAGUGUUGAGAGUGUUUUGGCGGCUAUUCCUGGUGCUACAUUCGAAUUCAACUCGUAUGGAGAUCAGGUCACUGUUCACACUAUUGUUGGCGAGGCUGCCAAGUUCCUCUCCGCAAUUUUCUUGACGUACCAACAUGAUAGUGGCCCAUCUGUUAUUCGUGCCCAUUCCGUUACCAUCCCGCCAUCCAUUUCCGAUGCUGUCAUUGAUAUUUUCCCCCUCCUUGCAUUUGGACAAAUCACUCCGGUUGGUAAAGUUAAUCCUGUCGAGCCUCGCCGUAGGUAUAGGCCUAGCCAUGCGCGCCGCGCCGCCACUCACAAUGGCAAUAAUCUCAUGACUCGCGCUCCUCUUUGUGAUGUACAUGCCAUAACCCUGCAGUGCAUCCGAACGAUUUACAGUCUCAACGAUUAUAUACCUCCAACUCCUUCAGCUUCAGAUCCUCCGUCCAUUGGAGUAAUGGGGUAUAUCGAAGAGAGUUAUAAUUCUACGGAUUUGAAGACGUAUUUAACCAAGUAUAGGCCUGAAGCUCAGAAUUAUUCUAUUGAUGUUCAGGAAUGGAAUGGAGGGAAGAAUAAUCAGUCGAACCCAGGUUAUGAGGCAAGUUUGGACGUGCAGACUGUUGCUGGGCUGGUAUGGCCUCUUAAAUCCACAUUCUACGACGUAGGAUCGGGUACGCUUGAUGACCUUUUCCUUUACACAUUCCAACAGUUCCUCGCAAUGGAUGCACUUAAACGACCCGCCGUUAUCUCAGUCUCCUAUGGCUAUAAUGAAUAUCAGCUCACGAAACAACAAGCGAAUACAAUGUGUGCUGAAGCGGAGAAGUUAACUGCUGAGGGAACGACGAUCAUCUUUUCUGCGGGGGACAAUGGUGUCUAUAAAUCAAGCUCGAGAAAGGCCCCAGGGGAUCCAAAGUGUCCGCCUUUCCGUCCCACGUAUCCGAGUGGGUGCCCGUAUAUAUUGAGCGUGGGUUCUACAGAGGGACUUCCAAAGUCUUUGGGUGGUGAUGGGGAAAGGGCUACUGGAAGAGGGAAAUCGACUGGUGAUGGGGGAACGGCCGCGAAUCAUUAUAUUCGUUUCUUGAAGGGGAGGGAGAAUGGGAAUUAUAACAAGACGGGAAGGGCCUAUCCCGAUGUCUCUGCUCAAGGUUCACAUCAGCUAAUUGUGGUCGAUGGCGACGAUGUAAACAUAGGUGGAACCUCCGCUUCAGCACCCAUUUUUGCAUCGAUAAUUACCCUUAUCAAUGCCCGUAUCCGCCAGCUCUAUGGUGAAGAUGCUGGAGGUUUAGGCUGGGUUCAUCCGCUCUUCUACCUCUACCCAGGGAUUAGAACUGCUUGGAAUGACGUUGUGAACGGUGGGUCGUAUGGAUGCGAUGGGGAUGCGCAAGGGAUUGGAGGUCCAGGGAAUGGAGGAUUCCCUGCUACCCAUGGGUGGGAUGCCUCGACGGGGUGGGGAACGAUUGAUUUCGUGAGGUUUUGGAAGGCGUUGGAAGGAUUGUGA